CCAGACCAGCAUCACGACGCACGACUUGGAUGAGAGCCGGUGGAGGUGUGGAGUCGUCUCUGCAGGUGAUCUGAAGUGUGGACCUGUUGGAAUCUUAUUAAGUCAAGCUCUCUAGAAGAAAGCAAGAAGGAGGACAAGAGGACAGAAUCCAAGAAGGACUGACUGAAACAGUAGGAACUUUUUUUUCUCACCACUCGUCCUCCCUCCUCGCUGCUCCCCCUCGUCUUCACAGCGUCACAGAGGAUGAAGCAGAAGGAGGACCUGAACCCCGUGCUGCUGCUCCUCUUCCGCCUCACAGUGUGGAUCUACACCUCCAUCACCUUCCUGCCCUCCUUCGUCCUCAGCCGGCUCUCCGGACACGACAAGGCCUGCUACGGCUCAGAGGAGGAGCGGGCCAAGAGGGCCAAGGCCUGCUCGAUGGCGGGACACCCCGAGGGCCCCUACCGAGCGGUGAGCGCCGCCAAGAGGCUGGCGACGUCGCUGCACCCUGGGGUGGACACCCUGGAUAAGAUGUUCGAGUACGCGGCCUUGAGGUUCCCUCACAGGGACUGUCUGGGGACGAGGGAGGUGAUCAGUGAGGAGGACGAGCGCCAGGGCAACGGGAAGGUGUUCAAGAAGGUGGUUCUGGGUGAGUACUGCUGGCUCUCCUAUAAGGAAAUCCUCACUGCGGCGUCCCAGCUGGGCAGCGGUUUGGCGUCACUGGGUCAACGGCCCAAACACAACGUGGCCAUCUUCUGCGAGACUCGGGCCGAGUGGAUCGUCACGGCACAGGCGUGCUUCAUGUACAACUUCCCACUGGUCACCCUGUACUCCACACUGGGAGGUCCAGCCAUUGCUCACGGGCUGAAUGAGACUCAGGUCACCCACAUCAUCACCAGCAGAGAGCUCCUGGAGACCAGACUCAAGGCUAUCCUGAUUGAAGUUCCCAGGCUGCAGCACAUCAUUGUAGUGGACAACACACCGACCUCGUGGCCCGGCUAUCCACGUGGCAUCAGCGUCCACAACAUGGCUGCUGUUCAGAAGCUGGGAGCCAGGCCUGAGAAUGCAGCUCGUGAGCGUAAGCAGCCGCUGCCUUCGGACAUUGCAGUCAUCAUGUACACCAGCGGAUCUACGGGCAUACCCAAGGGCGUCAUGAUCUCCCAUAGCAACAUCAUCGCUGGUAUCACAGGCAUGGCCGAGCGGAUACCCAACCUCAAUGAAGAGGACACCUACAUCGGCUACCUGCCUCUCGCCCAUGUGCUGGAGCUCAGUGCAGAGCUCGUAUGCGUUUCUCACGGCUGUCGGAUCGGCUAUUCGUCACCACAGACUCUAGCUGACCAGUCAACCAAGAUCAAGAAAGGAAGCAAGGGAGACACCAGCGUCCUGCGGCCCACUCUGAUGGCAGCUGUCCCGGAGAUAAUGGAUCGCAUCUAUAAGAACGUGAUGACCAAGUUGGAGGAGAUGAACUACGUCCAGCGAACGCUCUUCAUUCUGGCAUACAAUUAUAAGCUGGAGCAGCUCGCCAAAGGAAACAGCACACCUCUAUGUGACAGGCUGGUGUUCGGGAAAGUGCGCUCUCUGCUGGGAGGUCGGACGCGGGUGUUGUUAUCAGGCGGGGCGCCGCUCUCCGCCGCCACGCAACGCUUCAUGAAUGUGUGUUUCUGCUGCCCGGUGGGUCAGGGAUACGGCCUGACGGAGACCUGCGGGGCUGGAACCAUUAGUGAAUUGUGGGAUUACAGCACUGGGAGAGUGGGAGGGCCACUGGUUUGCUGUGAGAUCAAGCUCAAGGACUGGGUGGAGGGUGGUUACCGUAGAACUGACGAGCCUCAUCCGAGAGGAGAGAUCCUGAUCGGCGGACCCAACGUCACCAUGGGAUACUACAAGAACGAGGCCAAAAACCAAGAGGAUUUCUUCAAAGAUGAGAACGGCCAGCGGUGGUUCUGCACGGGAGACAUCGGAGAGUUUCACGAAGACGGGUGCCUCAAGAUAAUUGAUCGAAAGAAAGACUUGGUGAAGCUGCAGGCGGGGGAGUACGUCUCUCUGGGGAAGGUGGAGGCCAUGUUGAAGAACUGCCCUCUGGUAGACAACAUCUGUGCCUAUGCCAACAGCGAUGAGACGUACGUGAUCGGCUUCGUGGUGCCCAAUCAGAAGCAUCUUCUGGCUCUGGCCGACCAGUACGGUAUCCGGGGCUCAUGUGAGGAGCUGUGCGGCAGUAAAGCCAUGGAGGAGCUGGUCCUCAAGGUCCUCACGGAGGCCGCUCUAGCAGCCCAACUAGAGCGCUUCGAGAUCCCUCGCAAGAUCUGCCUGAGCCCGGAGCCGUGGACUCCGGAGACCGGAUUAGUGACCGACGCGUUCAAGCUCAAGCGCAAGGAGCUGAAAACACGCUACCAGGACGACAUUGAGAGAAUGUACGGCGGGAAAUGACGUUGAGGAUCGACGUCCAUCACCAUUGUUCAUCCCCGAAGCGCAGACCAACACUCUGAACACCCCCCAGUGCCCUCUCACCGCUUCCUCGUAUCCUUGCCCGUGAACAACAAGAGACCUGAAUCUGUGAUGAAAGCUGAAAGUGUCGGGUGUCACCGCUUCCAUCAUGGAGGCGGCUUUUGUUUUCUAGAAUUUGUAACUAAAGAAAGGCUGGGAAAGAAAAAACACAAACACUGCUGCCUUUCCCUCCCCCCCCCUUUUUUUUAUUUAUUUCGCCCAGGUGUAUGACCUCUUUGUGUGGGGAUCUUUAUUGUUCCAGAUGUGAGUUAUGAAACAGCCGAUGUUGUCUGUUGAACUCUUUCUGAGUGCCACGCGGCAGAACCUCGGACUGGGCGGACAUGUUUGAUGCCUCGUUGCUUUGUGCCGAUGAGACAUUAGAUCGGUUAAAUCUUUCCUUUUAGUUCAUUUCUUCUAUUUACGUAAAGGUUUUUGAAAUCCGUUGGUCCUGCAGGUCAGGAGACGGUUAAAUCUUUUGUUUCUCCUUCGUCCACAUGUUUUGAGUUCUGUCAAUAGUUUAUUUUGUCUCCCACCCACAGUCGGGACUCUGACUCUCACGGCCGUGGGACGUCUCUCCCAUCGGCACAUCUUGAUACCAAAAGCACAAAGUCAUUUCAGGGCAAAGGAGAGCAGUUUGGUUUAAAAAAAAAAAUGCAGAGGUCAUAUCUGGUCUAACGAUUUUGACGAAAAUGACAGAUAGCACCCAUCAGUCUUAUUUAAAAAGAAAAGAAACAAAGAUGCACUGUUGUUUAGUCUAUUGUAUUUUCCUACAGUAAUAGUAUAUACUUUUUUAUGUGCAAAAAAUGCACACAUACUUGCUUGUUUUACAGAUUAAAUGACUGUGUAAUCACUGUCACGUUUGAUAAAACACUGUGCAAUAUGAAAAUGGAUCAUUUCUUUCCAAAUAAGGCUGCUGAUUACAGAUGGGACAUACAAAGUGUUGGGAGAGUGGAUUUGAAGUAGAUGAGCACACUUUGAUAAGUGUGGUUAACAUUUAUUCUGCAGGAUUGUCACUGCCAGCUUAAAGUCACAUGUUUUUUUUAUGACAUGCACAAGUGUGACUCAUCAAGUUUGUACGCGGCACAAACAGGACGACGGCAGCAUCCCUCACAAUGUGACACCUGUUGCAUUGUUGUUUGAUUCUGAGUCACGCUUCUCUAAUUCCUUUUGAGUUUGUCAUUUCUCCUGAAGUGUAUAUAUGUACAUGUACACAUGUAUGUGGAGGAAGCACAUGUCCAGCCUCUAUUUUAACUCAAGCUUUAUCAUCAUCCCUCUCUGCACUGAGAGCCCGCCUUGUAACAUAAGUGCAUCCAACUAUUUAUUUGUAAUUUGUCUUUUGCAAAAAUGACCCAAAAUGAAGUAAAUAAAGAUUGUGUUUGGUCUAUAUGCAAGAGUGUUUUUAUUGUUUUGGAGCAAUAGAUGUAACAUCAUAAAGUCUAAUUGGUUGAAUUUAAAGUAAAAAAAGUACUAUGAUUCUUUUGUAUUCAGUAUUUCAGCCUCAUUUUGGUGUGAAGUUGAUGCCUAAUCACUAAAAGACAGAUAUAUGCUGACAUUUAUUUAUAUCUGUACAGUUGAAACAAAGGAACACCUUCGCUGAUUCAAGCAUUUAUGCUCACUGUAAAUAACGGUAUAUGAAUGAAGACGCACAUCAGUGUUAUCAGAGUGAUCCUCAGCAGUGAAGUUCAAAUUAAAUCAUAAUUUAAUCAGUGUUUUGGAAAAUCACAUUUUCAAGGAGCCACAAAAUGAUAAAAGAAAUCACUGUAAAAAACAUGAAUUGUUGAAUCAAACGUGUAAUGUAAACUGCAAUA